AUGUUGGACCGACGGAUAGCAGAUCGUAGUAUGCGGAAAGGCACCUUCCACGAGUUCCGGCAUGCAUUAGUACAGGAUUGGGCAUUAUUACCACAAAAAGCGAUCAACGACACAAUUGCCAGCUUGCCUCGCCAGUGUCAAGCAUCCAGUUCAGCUAGAGUGUAUCAUACCUGUCAUUAUCUUGAUAUUUCCACUGCAUAUUCUUCCUACUCAUUUGAUCUUUUGCGAUGUGAAGGUCUUCUAGGUGCUGACUUCAGUAAAAAUGGUUUUGGCGACGACAUCAAUUCCAUGAACAAGAAGAAAAAAAAGAAAAGGAGACACAGGACUAUAUUCACCAGUUACCAACUGGAAGAACUCGAGAAGGCUUUCAAAGACGCUCAUUACCCGGACGUCUACGCAAGAGAAAUGCUAUCUCUGAAAACAGAUCUGCCAGAAGACAGAAUACAGGUGUGGUUCCAGAACAGGAGAGCGAAAUGGCGGAAAACAGAGAAAUGUUGGGGUAAAAGCACCAUCAUGGCAGAGUAUGGACUUUACGGAGCAAUGGUCAGGCAUUCCUUACCACUUCCUGAAUCAAUCCUAAAAAGCGCCAAAGAAGGGGACGUUUCCUCUUGCGCACCUUGGCUGCUAGGGAUGCACCGGAAGUCCCAGGAAGCAGCCGAGAAGCUCAAAGAUUCCGAUCUCAGCUCCGAGGAACAUCACAGCCAACAACAACUGGCAUUACCGCAGAGCAGCUCCAGCAAUAACAACACCAGCACCACAGCAGCGAUGACCGUCCAGCAGCCCUCCUUCCAUCACCACCACCACCACCACCACUCCCACCAGCAGCGCCAUCACCACCAAGGCUCAUCUUCGUCUACAUCUUCCUCCUCCAGGGGUUCAAGUCCAAUCCUCGGGGGUCCUUCCACUUCCUCCGGAUCCCACCACCAACAGCAACAGCCACCAAACAAAGAGGACUUGAGGUCGUCUAGCAUCGCUUCCCUGAGAGCCAAGGCUAUUGAACAUUCAGCGAAGGUUUUUGGUGAAGGACGUGACGUGCCACCGAGUGAUCCGUCUGCAUCGCCUCGAGCCAAGGAUGUAGUCCUUAUGGAAAGACCUUCCAUACAUUCUAUUGGAUCACUAUUCUAAAAGGAACAAAUUUUUAAAAGAUUAAUAUAUAGAAGGUAUCCAGAAACUGCUAACAACUUUCCUGUUCUGCUCAAAAAGUUGAAAUAUUCAAUUUUAAAAUACUUAUUUUUCAUUUCUUUCCAUAUCGUUCAUUUUUUUUUAAAUCAAACAUAAAAUUUCACUAAAAUAGCAUUCCAGAUUUAGUAAGCUGUUGAUAAUUUCAGCGUGAAUAAAAUAACUUUUCAUUAAACACAUUACAGGGAAAAGUUAUAUUUAUUACAAUAUUAGAAGUAUUACUUCAAGAAAAUUAGUGUAAUAAAAAUGGAAAAUGGGAAAGAGGA